AUGUCGUCGUCAUCAUUAACAAAUCUGAUUCGACCUUUUACCGAAGCUCAUCGAUCACACGUCCAGAGACUUUACCGAAAGGCAUUAAAACAAUCACUAGACUGGGUUGUCUUUCGUGAUAUUUGGAGACAAAAGGCAAUUGAAAUUAGAGUUAAAUUUGAAAGGAAUAGAGAUGUUAGAGACCCACGUGCGGUGAGCAAGUUAUUACAUGAAGCAGAACUCGAAAUUGCUAAAUGGGAACACCCGGAACCAUAUCGUCCCCCAACUGCAGCAGAUGGCACUAAAUGGGAAAGAAACAUUCCUCCUACUAUGUUUUCAGACGCAGACCGACAAAAAGCCAGAGAAUCUUUCCUAGGACCUAGAGGACUUCCAGCAUGA